GCAUUCCAAUCACUGAAGCAUAAAAAGGAGAAAGAUGCAACAGCAACAACAUCGACACUAACGGUAACCCAGUCGAAUGAUACCUUAACGAUACUCAAUACACUAAGAAAUACAAUGCAACCUGACAACAUACUGACAGCCAGCACGCCGACGCACGCUACGUUGUCUGGCACCACGGCCACCCCUACCAUGCCGACAGAUGCGAUACCUAGUAGCACGACAGUGACAGCCACUGCGCCAACGCAGUCCACACUGGUGGUCUCCAGAGAGGGAGUCUCAGCGGAAACGCCUGCCACAGCAGUGGGUACCACAACGACGGGUACUACGACGACUGGUACCAAGAUGACGGGCACUACAACAAUGCGUGCCACGGUGACGGACAGCACGAGAACAGGCACUACGACUGCUGGUACCGUGACAAGGAGUAUCACAACAACGGGUAUCCUGGCGACAGAUACCACGAAGACGGAUAUCACGAGUACGAAUACCACAAUUUCAGCUACCACCGGCACUGGUACCAUGACAAAGGAUACCACAACUGCAGAUAACAUGACGAUGGGUACCACGACUGCAGGUACCUCGACGACGGGUACCAGGAGAAUGGAUACCUCCAUGACAGGUACUAUGACGACAAGUACAAGGGUGGCUGAUGUCGUAACAGUGGAUACCACAGCCACAGGUACCACGGUGACUGAUACCACACCUAUGGCCAUCACACAGACGAUCUUCAUCGAAACAGGGACCACAGAAAUAGGUACGACAGCAUCGGUCCCUACACUUUCGGUUACCGCAGUGGCAGACACCACGGUGACGAACACCGCGGCUGCAGCUGCCAUGAUGACGGACACCAUGAUGAGAGUCACGACACCAUCACUCAUUACACCGACGGCCACCACGGUGACACCCAUUACGCCCACAGCCAUCACGCCGACGACCGUCGCUGUGACAAUCAUAUCAGCGGCAAACGGAACACUCACAACUGGCACUGCCGGCGUCUCUAACACAACGGCAACAGAACAGCCCAUCCCAGCCUUCAUCACAGCGAGUUCGUAUACACCAGUGGCAGGUGCGACUAAUGAUGGUGCUGGCGCGGCCACGUGCACCUGCAGCGCGCCGCCAGUGUCCGACCCAGUGUGUGACAGCGAGGGCAACACACACCACAACGCUGAAGCCCUGAGCUGCGCCAUCCAAUGCCUCCUCGUGGGGUCAGACGCGAAGCUGCUUCGCAGGGGGCCCUGCGACUCUCAGCCUACCGUGUGACAGCGGGACUCCCUGAGGACAUCAUGUGACGUGUCCUUGUUCAGUCUACUCGUCAGCACUGUAGAAGCUGGAGCCAAUGAGACCGAUGGAAGAGGACUCAUCGAACUGAAAG